AUGAACACCGUCAAAUCCCUCAUCCGCGUCGUAAAGCGCGCCAGAUUGAGUCUUCGAUCUCAGACUCGCAGCCAUAUCCUUCAACUGCCAAUUGAAGUACUUUUACGAAUAUUCGAAUAUCUCCCUCCUUACAGCCAACUACUAGUCUACCAGACCUGUCGACCUCUACGCACAAUUAUUCAUCAAUAUUUCCUUUCUGGCAAGGGAGAUAUCCUGGCCGCACCGAAAGACAGACUGUGCUAUCUCACCCAUCUCGCUAGGUCUCUGCCCGAUCGAUGGGUUUGCGCCAAAUGCUGCAAACUUCAUCAAACCUGCGAGUGGGAUACGCCGAAACCCCAAAAUUAUACUCCAAAAUGUCGAGACGGACUGUCGUUUGUUGAUGAACGCAGCGAAUGUCGAAAACUUCCCAACACUGAAUAUGCGCCAUGCCAUAGGCACCUUGAACUUACGCUCAAGUACGCGCGGCUAAAGAGCCCCAAAAAGAAGCAUCAGAAACAUCUUCAAAGGCUUCUUGCAUCAUAUCACGUCGACAGUCAAAUCUCUGGCGGAAUGUCUGUAGCCAAUGGUGUUCGAGCGCAAAGUUCAUUUUACCCCAAGGUUGUGGAUGGAAGAUACUUGCUUUUUAGUGCCCAUGCCUAUCUUGCAUCUAGGGGCACAAUUUUACAACAAUCUAUAGAGUUUUUAAUAAUAUGCCCUCAUGUAUAUUCCUUUGGUGCGUUUUGCGGGCGGAAUACUCUGACAAGAGAUUUGGAUAUGAUUUUAUACACGUGUUUCUCAGCACCACCAAACACUAUAAUCUCUACCUCCUGUCUUGCUUGUAAAACAGAUAUUACUAUAGAGGCCUCACUAGAGCGCCUUAUUAUAUGCACUUGGCAAGACUUGGGGCCGGAAGCAACGGUGUAUGAUCCGGAUUGGGAGGCGAUUGUGCGGAACACUACAAGUGUCUAUCACGAGACUGGAAGCAUUGAAGAGCUGUACGGUCAAAAUGAGCACAAGUGUGAUUGCUACAUUGGUUAG